AUGUCUUCCCAAGCAGAAGGACAGGAUAACAAUGAAAAUGGAGGCCAAAUCGACAUUGGCCAGCUUCCAGUCCACCAGCUACAAGCAAUAAAGACACAAAUGGAACAGGAAAUUCAAAUGUUGACCAACUCAUUCGCUCAACUGCGACAAGCGCAGGCCAAAUUCACUGAAAGCAUUGAGGUCUUGGCUCCUGUGAAGGGAAACUCUGGCAAAGCAAUCUUGGUGCCAUUGACAAGUUCGCUAUAUGUACCAGGAGAGAUUGGUGACGACAACAAGGUCAUUGUCGAUGUUGGAACUGGCUACUUUGUUGAAAAGUCCAUACCUGACGCUCAAGAAUUCUACAAGCGCAAAGUUGGAUACAUCAAAACCAGACUAGAUGAAUUACAAGCCACAAUCAACGACAGACGUAACUCACAUACAGUGUUGAUGGACAUCAUACGAUCCAAACUCUAUGCUUUAUCUCAAGACCAGAAAGAACGACGUGCCGUUGGACAACCUCAAGGAAUCACUGCUUGA